GCAAAGAGGACAGCGGCCGUACAACACAACGCCUGCCGGCGCUCGCGAACCCGCCACCCAGAGACAAGACCAGAAGCCCUGGAGAUAUUCGAAGCCCAAGAGUCUGCCCGCCAUGGCCUCGAGAGCCAAUCCCUGGACUGCGCUUCGCGGCCUGAGCAUCCGGACGAGAGCCCUCCGCACAUCAUGCACCCAGCAGCAAACCCGGCCGACGCCAGCCUUGCUGAUACACAAGACGAUCGGCGUGCGCCGCGACUUUACAGACAACCGCAGGCACCAGAACGCCAAUACAUCCUCGACACAAUCCACAUCAUCAUCAUCACAACAGCAGCCUGACUCGGCGGUACCACCACCGCCACCACCCUCGGCACCAGGAACACAGGUUGGGCCUUACCACGAGCUCUUUGCUCCCAACUUCCUCAACACUGAGGCCAUUGCCGCGCUCGAGAAGGCGGCUGCGGAGGCCGCCGAGGCUUCUGCGGGAGAUGGCCUGCUAUUCCACAUGCCUGACCGGGUGGGCAAGCACGAGCAGUUGCAGGACCGGUAUCACCCCGUCGUCCACCAGAUCACUCGGCUUCUCAUGCGCGACGGGAAGCUGAGCAAAGCCCAGACGAACAUGGGCCUCAUCCUCAACCACCUCCGCACAUCGCCGCCGCCCAAGAUCAACCCGCUCCGCCCGCUCCUCCCGGGGGCCCCGCCCCCCUCGCAGCUCCCGCUCAACCCGCUGCUCUACCUCACGCUGGCCAUCGAGUCCGUCGCGCCAAUGGUGCGCAUCUUCGCCAUGAAGGGCCAGGCCGGCGGCGGCCGCGCCCUCGAGGUCCCCACCCCUCUGCCCGCGCGCACGCGCCGGCGCCUCGCGGUCAACUGGAUCCUCGACGCCGUCAACAAGAAGAAGUCCCGCGGCUCCGGGCGGGGCCAGUUUGCGGCGCGCUUCGGCGACGAGAUCAUCGCCAUUGUCGAGGGCCGCAGCUCGCUCUGGGACAGGAGGCAGGUCCUGCACAAGCUGGCGACCGUCAGCAGAGCCAACUUGAACAACCCCAAGGUUUCUGGCACCGGCGGUGGCAAGAGCAAGAGGAUGUAGGAGGAGCAUGGAUUGAUCUUUUCCGACGCUCUGCUCUUUACCAGUUGGAGGUAUCAAAAAUAAAGUGUAAGCAGAGCAUGGGCGAAUGAAAGGCGGAGCAGAAAAUAAAGAAACGAUGGCCAGCAGCCAUUGACACGUCACAGACGCGUCUGCGAGUUUGAUGACGAGGUUUUGGUCAUCAUUUCAAGCAAGUGCAAGCGACCACUUGAAGGCUGAAAGGCGCAAUAUCCUCCUCGGUCACACACUCGGCAUAGAUAGCCUCAAGUGCUAGCCGCCAGCCUUUUUCCGAACCACUCCUUCAGUGGAGAAAGGAGCCGGUUGCUGUUAAG